GACGAUAUGGAGAUGAUAGUGUGGCAAACUCCCGCGAACCCACCAGAGAGACAUGACUACAUUUACCGCAACGGCAUACGCUAUGUCAAACCAUACUACUUCGAGUUCAUCUCUCAUGUGAAGAAUCGGUGGGCAGGGAAGACAAUUGUUGACCUUUUCUCUGAAGAGUUUAAAGGCCGGUCUAGCGAUUACUAUGUUGCUGCUGUUAAAUCUGGACGAAUACAAGUCAAUGGGAAAAGAGUUCCUGUUUCAUAUGUAGUCCAAUCAUCACAGAAAAUAAGCCAUUUUGUACACAGGCAUGAACCUCCAGUCAUGGCAUGGGAUGUGGAGGUACUAUGUGAGGAACCAGAGGUGCUGACCGUUUGUAAACCUGCAUCAGUCCCUGUGCACCCGUGUGGGCAGUAUCGUAAGAACACAAUCCUUGGCAUCCUUGAGGCAGAACAUAGUUUGACACCACUAUUUCCUAUUCAUCGUCUUGAUCGCUUGGUCUCAGGGCUCCUUAUCUUAGCCCGGAGUUCCUCUAAAGCUGACACUUUUAGGCAGCAGAUUGAAUCAGGAAGGGUGCAGAAGCAGUAUAUUGCUAGGGUAAUUGGCGUUUUCCCUGAAGAUGAGCAAGUUGUAAAUGCAAAUGUCAAUUACAAUGCUCGAGAAGGAAGGAGUACUACGGAGGCGGGAGGAAAUAGUGUUAGUGGCAAUGAUCUUGUAAACGGAAAGUCUGCUUCUACCAAAUUUAUGCGAAUUUGUACGGACGGGAAGCAUAGUAUUGUACUGUGCCAACCGAUCACCGGAAGGACACAUCAGAUACGUGUUCAUUUACAAUAUACUGGGCAUCCAAUAGCUAAUGACAAGCUCUAUCUGUUCGAGUGCAUUCCUCGUUCAGCAACUGGAAUUAGUGCGGACAGAGGUGCUGCUAUGUCAGGCCAUGUUCUAAAGCCCAGAAAUACUGGAAGUGAUGCUGUUGAAUCUGAUAAUGGACCCAGUGAAGAUUUCAGCUAUGACCCAAUGUGUACAAAUUGCCCAAACCUGGCUCCUAAAGGAUAUGAUGGUUACGAAGAGGGCAUAUGGCUGCAUUGUGUUAAAUAUUCUGGACCAGAUUGGACAUAUGAAUGCCCAUAUCCAGUUUGGGCAUCCUUAAGCUAACCUCUUUUCUCAUUUGGUUAGUUUGGUAUUUAUGGACUACAUCAGAUAUUUCAGAGUUAGUAGGGGUGGACAUGGUCCUCCCCGAUGCUUGAACGUACGAUCGCUUACUGGCCCCCAUAGGCACAGAACUGUUAUGUCUCUCAACAGUAUUGUUGCUUCUGGAUAGGAUCUUGUAAUGCAAAGGUAGGAGGCGGGAAGCUACCUGUUCUGGUCAUAUUUUGGAUUGGAGAGAUCCAUAGUAGAUAAGACCAGGUGGCAAUGCAGUGGUCUCCAUUUUAGCUUUAGAAGUGGGGCUGUGUUCACCCCUAUCUAGAAUUGUACUUCAGAGUUCUUUUGAAGCCUGCGUUCAAAACACUCUCACUGAACCGUUUCAGUUGUAAUGGCGGCGCAUAUUUUAUUGAACAGCUUGCAAAUCUUGUUCUUUACAUUUAAUCGGUUGCAGAUUUGUUGAUCUGAAAACAAUUUUGGAGCAGCAUGAUGCUUCCAGAGUUCCAGUUUAUAUGUUUAGCGUUUAGCUUGACAUGUGACUUCUGGUAAAAGGAAAACUGCCACUAGUGAAUAAUUGUAAAAACAACUACAGAGUAUAAUUGAGCUAAUUCUGGGUGUUCAUGAACCUACCUAACACUGAUGGCUCUAAUCCAUUCCAAUCUGAAGCUCAGAACGGACCGUUUGAAGUUUGAACAAGGAGAAGCGCACUGUCGAGUUGUUACAUGUCCUAAUUCCUAACAGAUAAUGUGACAAUAUGGUGGUGCAUGCUGAAAUCAUUUUGGGCUGGUCCGAAAUAAUUUUAGGCUUGCCAUAUUCCGCCCGUUAAAUCUAGUGGGCUGGGCUCAGCUCUCCCAAUUAAUUUUUUUCUAAUAAUAGUUGUCCAAGCCUGUUUAUAAGUAGGCUGAGCGGGCUGGGCUCAGCUCUCCCAAAUAAUUUUUUUUCUAAUAAUAGUUGUCCAAGCCUGUUUAUAAGUAGGCUGAGCGGGCUGGGCUCAGCUCUCUCAAUUACUCUGUAUUAUUUUUCUAAUAAUAGUUGUCCAAGCCUGUUUAUAAGUAGGCUGAGCGGGCCCGGCCUAGCGGGUUUUCCUGUCUAUGGUCUGCUCUAAUAUACAAGUAAGCCAACAGGGCAGACAAUACUACGUAAUAGUCAUUUACCAGUUAAGAAUUAUUUGAAUAAUCAUUACAAGCUGAGAAAUAUUUAAAUAGUGUUUACAAGCUAAGAAAUAUUUAAUUAGUGUUUACAAGCUAAGACAAAAGCUUUCCCCUCAUAUAAAAAAUUGAUCAGAUACAUUUGUUAAAACCCAAGAACAAAAGCAAAUUAAAAAAUUCAUAGCAAAUCUCAGUUGAUACUAUUAUUACUAACACUACUGCUUAAGCUUGAAUAUAUAUUUUCAAUACAUCCAUUUUCAUACAUUCCUUUUACUUUGUUCAACAAUCUUCUUAUCAGUUGUUGAUUAAUUGACUCACUACACAAUCAUAUACAAUUAUACAUACUGUGUAUUAGUGCUGGACUCGGGCCGGUUCGGGCCCGGUUCGGGCCUGGGCCCGGCCGGGCCUCGGGCCAGGAAAGGGAGGCCCGAGCCCGAACCGCCGGUGGCCGGUUCCGGUCCCGGUUCCGGGCCAAACCGGGCCGGGCCGGGCCGAACCGGCCCAAUUAAUUUUUUUUUUUUGUUCUCCUAUUUAAUCCCCUACCCCUCCCCCUCAACCCCAAACCAUCCCAAACCACCUCAAAUGGCCCAAAAUACCUAAUCCAACCUAAAACUUAAAAAAAUAUCAAAAAAAAGAAAAAAAAAUUAAAAUCCGGCCCGGACCGGGCCCGAACCGGCCGGGCCGGUUCACCAAAACCUGGGCCCGGGCCCGAACCGCCCAGCAUCCGGGCCGGGCCGAACCGAACCGGUGGACCCACCGGGCCCCGGGCCGGGCCGGGCCAAACAGUAACCGGGCCGGGCCGGUUCCGGGCCGGGCCGCCCGGCCCGAGUCCAGCACUACUGUGUAUGAACUUAAUUAUUAAGUUUAAUUUCUAUUGUAGAAAAUAAUAAAAUUAUUUGAACCAAGUCUUCUACAUACAAAGAAACAAGUUCUAUUCUAAUUAACAAAUGAAGAUAAACAUAUCUAAUUAAACCGGAUUCAUCAGUUGGCCUUGCCAUUUGCUAAAAUUAAAUUGAUAAUUUACCCGACACAACCAAAAAGCCGUCACUGUCAAUUAGUCACAAGCACAAUUACUGUAAGGUUUAUAAAUUCAGCACCCUAAGCUGACAUGUGCAACACCUACUAUGAAAAUUAUAAAUCAGAUUUUACACCUACUGUGAGGAAGCCUAUUGUGAGGAUUGCAAAUCAGAUUAUAAACUUAAUAACAUUGUUUAGAAGCACACUUAUUGUGAGAAUUACAAAUUCAACAACCUAAGUUGACAUGUGCAACACCUACUCUGAGAUUAAUUCAUAUUUUACACCAAUUGUGAGGAUUUUGGUUACACCUAUUGUGAGGAUUAUAAAUCCAAUUGUAGACUUAGAUUAUAAACUUCAUCACAUACUUGUCACAUUUACAUCUUCUUUUGUUUUUUCUCCCUUUGGUUAGCUUUGACUUGGUUUCUCGAAUAUGUGAGCUUCUCGAGGGUAGGGUCUUCUAUCCUCUGUCCAGCAGUUUUAGGAGUUAUAUUCGUAAGUAUGAAGUCCUCUAAUUGGUGGGAUGGUGGUCGGUUGAUGCCUCUUAUUCCUAUAUAUAUAUAUAUAUAUAUAUAUAUAUAUAUAUAUAUAUAUAUAUAUAAAUAUAUAUAAAUAACAAAUUUGUCAUACCUAUGGCACGUCCAAGACUCGAGCUCUUCUUAUAUUACUUUUUGAAGUUCUGAGAAUUGGACCCACUCUUUUCUUUCACAUUGGUACAAUGAAGAUGGCUCCCCAUAUUGGAAAAGUCCUCUUGUCUAUCAACGCAGGACUAAAGCUCGAGGUAUUGUUUAGUAACAAGGUAUUGUGAAUGAUUCACCAAAACGUUGAAGCAAAAUAUUGGAACCAUGAAAGUCUUGAACAUUAGCUGUCCAGAGAGCUCCAAGCGCAUGUCCUUCAAUCUUUCAUAAAGCAAAUGUAAAACUAAUUAUUUGUCAUUACAAAAACCUUUCCAACAAAUAAUAACACCCAGAUAAAGUAAGGGCAAACUGCCCCCGUGCAUUUUUGAACAGUGCUUAAUCCUUGUAAUGGUACUAGGGUCUAGGGGUGCCUGGGUGAAUACAUUUAUUUGAAUAGAUUAUAUUUAUAAAUAGGAAUUUAUAAGCAUAGGUAUAUAUGUUUUUAUUUGGAUUUGUAGAAUCACUAGAAUGUAUAUAGUUGUUUCUUCAUGAAAAGGUUGUGGCGAACCAAUUAAAUGACACAAUAUCAAGGUAUGUUCUAUCCUAUAAUUACUUUUAUUUUUGUAAUUCUUGAAAUAUAAUCGAUUUUGAUUUGAAUUCUUACACAAUUAUUAUAUUUUGUACAUGUUAGGACUUAUGAUUGAUAAAGUGUGCAAAAUAAACUGCUAAUAUUGAAUGCGAAUAUUAUGUCAUGGGUUACAUGUUGGAAGUAAUAUAAACGUAUGAAUAAAUUGUGCGUUGACUAAAUUGCUUAUUUUAUAUUUAAUGUUUUGGGUAAUUAACUCUAUAUACUAUUGAGUUGAUUUGUUCUUGUUUUACAUAAACAUUUCAGGUUUGGAGUUCAAGAGGUGAACCAUAUAAAUUGACAAAAUUGAAUUUAACGAUAUCAUAAAUAUAUGGUCAAGAUAUUUUAUAGAUGUAGACAUGUAGUUAUGCAAACUAGCUUGAAAUGUGCUAUGCAUGAAGUAGCUAGUACGUUGUAGUGCAUGAAUUGAUGUUUGAGACCAAUUUUUUUUGUAUUUAUGUAUUGUUACAUUUAAAUGGAUGUUAUGCUAAAAGUUUUGGUAUUGUCUGAUCUUUGAUGUUUGAUACGGAGUAUAAUGUACUCUAGUUAUUCAUAUAGAUUUUGAUACAAGG